AAAAGAACAACAUUACUCGAAAGUUUAAAUUGUCAACGUUAAUAAUGAUAAAUUUUACGAAAUCGAAUCUACACUAGUUCGAGCUUUCUCAUUGGUCAGUUGAUAGUCAUCGAAUGACGUACGCCUUUGUGUAAGCGACGGUUAUCUUUACGUCGCUGAAGUGUGAGAGCGUCAGAAGUUGAGCGGGUUCCAUACGUAAAUCGGUUUAGAAUGUAUCACAAGUGCUAUAUAUAUAUAUGUGUGUGUAUAUUCGUUGUUUCUCAUUGUCUUAACGGCUAACGUCUAAAGUGAAAAAUAAAUCCAUUUAUUUGAAAAAUUGAAUAACCAUUAUCACACAAAAUGUGUUCCAAAGAAAAUAUUAAUGCAGAAAAAUUGGAAAAAGAUGUUUCCGAUGCGUUCGGAUACCCAAGAAAGAAUAAUACUCAGGUUGCUCGACCCUUACAAACAUCACCUACUGAACGAUAUGCGUCACAUUAUAAAAUGGAUCAUCCAAAACGUGGUAUAGCAAUUAUAUUUAAUCAUGAACAUUUUUCUAUCAAUCAUCUGAAGGAAAGAACUGGAACAAAUGUGGAUUGCGAAAAUCUCAAGGCUACGUUAGCAUCACUUGGAUUCACAAUUCAAGUUUAUGAAAAUUAUACUUCUAAACAGUUGGGAAAUGUUUUGCAAGAAGUUGCCGAUCUAGACCAUUCUACUCAUGAUUGCUUAAUAGUUUCUGUAUUAAGCCAUGGAGAAUUAGGAAUGCUUUACGCAUAUGAUACUCCUUACAAAGCUGAUACUAUUUGGUCUUACUUUACAUCAGAUAAAUGUCCUACUCUUGCUGGAAAACCAAAACUAUUUUUUAUACAAGCUUGUCAAGGUGAUAAAUUAGAUUCUGGCUUUAGUUUAAAAGAACGUACAGAAACUGAUAGUAGUUCACAUACCAAUACAUUCCGUAUACCAAGUCAUGCGGACUUUCUGAUUGCUUAUUCAACGAUACCAGGUUAUUAUUCAUGGAGAAAUACGACACGUGGAUCAUGGUUUAUACAAGCAUUAUGCAUGGAAUUAAGAGAAUUUGGAAUGCGAUAUGAUUUGUUAACUCUACUUACUUUUGUCUGCCAACGAGUUGCAAUAGAUUACGAAUCUAAUACUCCUGAUAAUAUUACCAUGCAUCAACAAAAACAAAUUCCAUGCAUUACUUCGAUGUUAACUCGUCUAAUAAAAUUCACAGCACCUAUCAAUGGUGCUUAG